UAGAUGAUUGCUGCCUGCAGUCGAAUUCAAAGUACAAUAAAAAACAACAACCUGAGCUCAACAGACUUUGGAUCGGCCACAUCAGUCAUGGACUAUUUUCCUUUCUUCUCCUCUGAAACAUGGUUUCUCCUGAUAUCAUUUAUCUCCAUAUUUGUUUUGUAUGGCCACUGGACAUAUGGAGUGUUUGAGAAGUUGGGGGUCAGGGGACCCAAGCCAACCAUGUAUUGGGGGACAGUUGGGAGGCAUAACCUGGUGUACUACUUGGAUGACAAUGAAUGUGCUAAAAAGUAUGGAAGAGUAUGGGGCUUGUAUGAGCUCAGGAGGCCCAUGCUGGCUGUGAUGGAUCCUGAAAUGCUCAAAAUCAUCCUUGUUAAGGAGUGCUUCACAUACUUUACCAACCGAAGAAACUUCCGCCUGAAUGGGGACCUCUAUGAUGCAGUGAACAUUGCUGAAGAUGAUCAGUGGAGACGAAUUCGUAACCAAGUUACUCCUUCAUUCACCUCUGGGCAUAUAAAAGAGAUGUUCAAUAUAAUGCAGCAUCAUUCCCAUAAGAUGGUUGUUGGCUUACAAUCUAAGGUGGAAAACAAUAAAGUUAUUAUUAUAAAAGACAUUUUUGGACCCUUCAGCAUGGAUGUGAUGGGGAGCUGUUUAUUUAGUGUGGACCUGGACUCAAUCAACGAGCCUUCAAAUCCCUUCAUUACACAUGCUUCGAAGCUUUUUAGAUUUCCUGUGCCUCUUUUCUUGUUUCAAGGGUUUUUUCCUUUCUUUCUUCCUCUGCUGGAGCUCCUUGGUGUUUCACUAUUCCCCAAGUCCUCUACUUCUUUCUUUAGAACAGUUGUGGAGAAAAUAAGAGCAGAACGGAAUGAGAGCGCAAGAAAGAAUAUGGCAGAUAUUCUUCAGUAUUUUAUCAACUAUCAAACAAAAAAUCUCAAAAAAGUAAUGGAGAAUCAAGGUCUUAAUGAUCAUGAGAUCCUAUCCCAAGUCACAAUGCUUAUCUUUGCUGGGUAUGAAACUAGUGCCACCACUCUUAGUUUCUUAGCAUACACAUUGGCAAGGAAUCCUGAAGUGAUGAAACAUCUGCAGCAGGAAAUAGACUCAACUUUUCCAGAGAAGGGUCCCAUCCAGUAUGAAAGUCUGAUGCAGAUGGGGUACCUCGGGAGUGUGGUGGAUGAGUGUUUGAGGCUCUACCCUCCAGCUGCACGUCUGGAGAGAAUGACUAAAGAAACUGUGAAGAUCAAAGGAAUCACAAUCCCCAAGAACAUGAUUGUUAUGAUUCCAGUUUAUGCUCUGCACCGUGACCCAGAGUUGUGGCCAGAUCCAGAGGAGUUCAAACCAGAGCGAUUUAGUAAGGAGAACAAACAGAGCAUCAACCCGUACACUUACCUGCCAUUUGGGAUCGGACCACGGAACUGUCUGGGGAUGCGAUUUGCUCUGGUAAUGAUCAAACUGGCCUUGGUGAAAGUUUUGCAGAACUACAGCUUCCUGGUCUGUGACGAAACUGAGAUCCCUCUGAGGAUGCACCCUGAGGGCCUGAUGGGACCUCUGGAGCCAAUCAAACUAAAGCUACAGAAACGCUCCCUCAGCUCAGCAGACGUGGACAACUGAAAACAACAGGCUGUCUGACUGUAUAUCACGCAAGGCUAAGCCUAUGUAUGCCGUCGUUUGUAGCAGUUUGAUUUGACAAAGAGCAUUUAAGACUAUUUUUUGUUAAUGUUAAUGAACAGCAAUAUUUCAGUUGAAUAUUUUGGAACAUCAUCUUUUGGUUUUUUACAUAGUACAAAGGUGGAUUUCUGUGUCUCAUCCUCACCUGAGUUUACCCAGACUUUCUUAUUGAAAUCAUAUUGAUCAAAUAGAAAAUACAUUUGUCAAAGUAUGAACUUAUUAAAGAGAAAGUUA